CCCCGAUAUUUAGUUCCCAACUUUAAUUGUGCUUUGGCAUGUCUAAUGUCAUGCCAAAGUCUAUUUAAUGGAAUUGACUUGCAGCCUCUGAUGUGUAUCUGAAAAAUAUAAGUGCAUUGAAUAAUUCUUUAACAACCUUCAUAUCAUCUUCCCCUCACGUGCUGCAGAGUCAAAUGAGGCCACAGUCCGCCUUUCAGUCAAAUCUCGGGACAGCAAUCACACAUGAGGGAAACUGCGCAUGCGUGGUCUCAAAUAGACAAGUACCUAGACGGAGAUACAACUUUUAAAAUGUAUAAAUGUUUUAAUGGAAGUUUUGUUCAGAUGACACCCCUGACCUAAACCGAGAAUUGCAGUCGUUUGACGGAGAUAUCAGCACCAGAGUCGGGGCAAGGAAUAACAGAUUAAAGGACUUUAGUUGAAGGUUUCUGGAGGACUCGGAUAACGGCAGAGUGAAAACACACAAACACACACACACACACACACACACACACACACACACCAUGUGGUGGUUCCAGCAGGGUCUGUGCUUCCUGCCUGCUGCGCUGGUCAUCUGGACAGCAGCAUCCUUCGUUUUCGCUUACAUCACAGCCGUGGUGUUGAAACAUGUGGAUCCUCUGGUGCCUUACAUCAGCGACACGGGAACGAUGGCACCAGAGAGGUGUGUGUUCGGGAUCAUGCUGGAUGUGUCAGCCUUUUUAGGAAUGGCCACGGUGUACGUGCGUUACAAGCAGGUGGAGGCUCUGACGAGUGAAGAAGAGCUGAAGCUGAACAGACUGAACUUCUUCGGGUUGGUGCUCGGUCUCAUCAGUUCCUUCGGGAUGUGCGUAGUCGCCAACUUCCAGAAGACCACGCUGUUCUCCAUGCACCUGGUGGGGGCGGUGAUGACCUUCGGGGUGGGGGCUCUCUACAUCCUGGUGCAGACACUGGUGUCGCUCUACAUGCAGCCCCACGUCCACAGCAAGAACACCUACCUGGUCCGCCUGGGGGUGGGACUCUGGACCCUGAGCAGCAUCAUAACCAUGUUCGUAUCGUCCGUCAUCAUGUACAGCAGCCUGCCGGGGGUCGACGUUGCUAACAAACUGCACUGGACUCCUGGAGAGACGGGUUACACGGCUCACAUCAUCAGCACCAUCUCUGAAUGGUCUCUGGCCUUCUCCUUCAUCAGCUUCUUCCUCACGUACAUCAGAGACUUUCAGAAAAUAAAUUUGCAGGCAGAGGCAGAACUGCAGAGCAGCCACCUGUAUGACAGCUGGUCUCAGGCGCCGCAUCACAUACGCGACACCUCCGAGACGUCUCCUCUGCUGGCAGGAGGAACGUGACCGCAGAGCCUCCUCCUGCUUUUACACUGACUUAACUUUUAACUCUUGUUACCUCGCUUUUUAUACAGACUUUCUAAAAUCUGCUGUUGUGGGCUCAAAAAACAUAUCCUCUUUCCCCCUAGUUUUAUCUAUCCAGUCAAAAAGUAUGUUAAAACAUGCACAUCUGGACAGAUAUAACCAAAUCUGGCUGACUGGAGGGAAAUUACUGGAGAGAUUUAUACAUUCAUUUUGUAUGUUAGGUGAAAUUACCCUUUAAAUGCAAAUAUGACGCUUCUCACUUUUACCUUAAACUGCAUCCGUGAGUUUGUCCACCUCGAGCUGCACUUUAUCAUUUAAUAUUUGCUGUUCAGUCUCAAAUCGCAACAUUUCCCCACCUAAAUGAGUCCAUGAAACCCACUAAGGGUCAUAUGGUUUGAACUGUAAUGGGAAAUAAUGAGUUUACAGCCUGUCCAUUCAUACAGCACAGUUUCAUUUUUCAAACUAUUUCUAAGGAUGUUUUCCAUAUAUGCUACUAAACAAUACAGUGUAUUUUUUUUACUAUAAAGGUUAAUAUUCCGGAUGUCUUAUUUACUCCAUAUACCGGGACUUAACGGCUAACUGAAGAACCAACGCCCUGAAAAUAACUGAGCAAAUCCCCUUGCUGGAGAAUUAGCAGAAUGUUUAUAGGUUUUGACACUUAAAAUAUACACAAUUAAUAUUAAUAUAUACUUUAUUACAUUAUUAUUUAAAUAACUCAAAAAUAUAUUAUAAAACAACAUCAAAUGUGAUAAUCAUUUAUAUGUUCAUAACUCACCGGUUUUACGUUUUAACAUCAGGAAUAAUGUCAUUUUAAAAUAACUGACUGGCUUUUCAUUUUCAAUGUAAAAAUACUUAUUUUAAAUAAUUGUUUUAUAUGUUUUUGCUGCUUUAAUCAUUAUCCUUUUCAACCUUUUUUUAUUUGCCAGAAAAUAUCUACCUUUAGCUUUUAGCUGAGACCAACAGCUCAGUUCUUCCCGAAAUUCCCACAGUUUUGUCACUAUGAGGCUGAAAUUUAGCACGGAGGUCACAUCUUAGUUCGGUUGUGUGUGUGUGACUGCAUGAAUGUGUGGAUACAAUGUUCGUUUCUGAAUAUUUAAUAUCAUUCAUUGUUUACCUUAAUGUUAACUCGCUAGCAUUAUCAUUUUUUUUUUGCCUUUUUUUGCCCAUUUUCACUUAAACUAAGCCAAAAGGAAACGCCAGACAAAUGAUGUUAAAUAAUGAAAACUGUCGUAAUUAAAUAAUCCCUCAUGUUGCUAAUUAUUAUUAUUAUUAUUAUUAUUAUUAUUAUUAUUAUUAUUAUGAAUCAGUGUAUAAUUCUUUAAUGGCACACUUUCGACCCCAUAGUACAUUUUGUACAUCAUGAGCACAUAUCUACAAUAUUUAGUCUGACACAAACUUACUUACGGCUGACAUUGAGUUGCUAUUGUGCAUUGUUCUGUUGGUACGUUAUUCCUGUUGAGAAAUAAAGCCGUCUUUCUUGUU